CAAAUAAAAAAACAAAAAAGAAAAACAAAAAAAAAUCUCUCUCUCUCUCUCACUCCGCCUCUCUCUGAUUCUCUCUCUCUCGUCAACAUCGCUGUCGAAGAUGGCGACUCUCUCCGGCCUAUUCUCGACUUCUCCGUCUCUGAAUCCAGCCAAAACUACCGCCGUUAAAUCGGUUUCGGCGGCGGCGAGGGAUACGGUCUUGUUUCCACCUACCUCGAAACUAGCGGAUCGGUCAUUGACGCUGUUCACAGCUCGGUCGGUCGCGCGUGACGUUUCGGCGGCGGAUUUCUCGAAGACGAAUGACGGAGUUCCGGUGGGUGCGGCGACGAGGAAGAAGAAAGGGCUCGUGAAGGAUCCGCGCGCGCUGUGGAGUCGGUACCUGGACUGGCUGUACCAGCACAAGGAGCUCGGGCUGUACCUAGAUGUGAGUCGGGUCGGAUUCACCGACGAGUUCGUGGCGGAGAUGGAGCCGCGGUUCCAGGCCGCGUUCAAGGCCAUGGAUGAGCUCGAGAAGGGUGCGAUUGCGAAUCCUGAUGAAGGCAGGAUGGUCGGACACUACUGGCUCAGGAACUCAAAGCUCGCACCGAAGCCGACGUUGAAGACCCAGAUCGAUAACACGCUCGAUGCUAUUUGCAGCUUUGCCGAUGAUAUAAUCAGUGGCAAGAUUAAGCCACCGUCUUCACCAGUAGGUCGGUUUACUCAGAUACUUUCUGUCGGAAUUGGAGGUUCGGCUCUUGGACCUCAGUUUGUCGCGGAGGCAUUGGCUCCUGAUAAUCCUCCAUUGAAGAUAAGAUUCAUUGACAACACAGACCCGGCUGGAAUCGAUCACCAGAUCGCGCAGCUUGGGCCGGAGCUUGCAUCUACGUUAGUGAUCGUCAUUUCGAAGAGUGGAGGCACUCCUGAAACGAGAAACGGGCUGUUGGAAGUACAGAAAGCAUUCCGUGAUGCUGGCCUGACCUUUGCAAAACAGGGCGUCGCGAUAACACAAGAAAACUCGUUGCUGGAAAACACCGCUAGAAUCGAAGGUUGGUUAGCUAGGUUUCCAAUGUUCGACUGGGUGGGUGGUAGAACAUCAGAGAUGUCCGCAGUUGGUCUGCUUCCAGCAGCCCUACAGGGUAUCGACAUUAGAGAGAUGCUUGCUGGCGCUGCAUUAAUGGAUGAGGCAACUAGGGCGACCACGCUCAAGAAUAAUCCUUCAGCACUCUUAGCUAUGUGCUGGUACUGGGCUUCCGAUGGCAUUGGCUCGAAGGAUAUGGUCAUUCUUCCUUACAAAGACAGCUUAUUACUAUUUAGUCGGUAUCUCCAGCAGCUGGUCAUGGAAUCACUAGGAAAGGAGUUUGACCUCGACGGUAACAGGGUUAAUCAAGGGUUAACCGUGUACGGAAACAAAGGGAGCACAGAUCAGCACGCCUAUAUUCAACAGCUGAGAGAGGGUGUGCACAAUUUCUUUGCAACCUUCAUCGAGGUGUUACGCGAUAGACCCCCGGGUCAUGAUUGGGAUCUCGAGCCCGGCGUCACUUGCGGGGACUACCUGUUUGGGAUGUUGCAGGGAACGAGAUCUGCUCUAUAUGGGAAUGACAGAGAAUCCAUCUCCGUGACUAUUCAGGAGGUGAACCCAAGAUCUGUGGGAGCUCUUGUAGCUCUGUACGAGAGAGCGGUCGGGUUGUACGCCUCACUUGUCCACAUCAAUGCUUACCACCAGCCUGGGGUGGAAGCUGGGAAGAAGGCAGCAGCAGAAGUUCUGGCCUUACAGAAGCGUGUAUUGGCAGUUCUUAACGAAGCCAGCUGUAAAGAACCGGUGGAGCCAUUGACACUGGACGAGGUAGCCGAUCGUUGCCACUCUCCGGGAGAAAUCGAGAUGAUAUACAAGAUCAUCGCUCAUAUGGCGGCGAACGACAGGGUUCUGAUCGCUGAAGGAAACUGCGGAUCUCCUCGCAGCGUCAAAGUAUACCUCGGCGAAUGCAACCUCGAUCAACUCGACUCUUGAAUCUUCUCUGGAUCAUUCUCUCUUCACUCUCGAUUUACUGUGAAGGGUAAAAAGGACCAUGGAAUAAAAUCUCAAACGGGUGUUUUGGGGGAAAAAAAGAAAUAGAGAUGGAGAGAAACCCUAUACCCUAACGUCUCUUUUUUUUUCAAUCUUUUGUAAAUGGCUUUUCAAAUAAGCAUUUUCUUCCUUUCAAGUGUUUUAAUUAAUCCUCUGUAUUAAUUUUCAUGUCCGAGGCGAAAAGCCUGUUUUCACCGUUGAAGUAAAAAUUAUAACCCCGUUAGAAGUCCA